AUGCGGAGGCCGGCCGGCGGCGACAGUGAUGACGGCGUCCAAGGCGGGCGGCCCGGCGGCGGCGGUGGGCUGUCGCUUUCCCGGCGAGGGCGGCAACGGGCGGGGGCUGGCUCCGGCGAUAGCCUCGGCCGGGCGAUGGUGGGCGGCGACGGCGAUGGCGAGCGGCUGCGGGCCGACGGCGUGGGCGGCCGCAGCGGGCGGGCGAGGCGCGAGGCCGGCGGCGACAGCGUCGGUCCUGCGGUUGGCGCGGAGAGGCUUCGGGCCGCUACGAGGCGGCGAGGCGGGCGGGGCGAGCGGCGCGACCCGGCGGGGCGGGCAGCGGGCGGGAGAGGCUCGGGCGGGCGGCCGCCGCGAUCGGCGGCGAGGCGGGGGGCUGGGGGCGGCCGCGAGGGAGGCUGCAGGCGGGCUGCUGAGGCCCAGGUAGCGGCGACGGCGACGGUGACGGCUGCGACAGCGAGCGCGCGGCCGCCGGGCGGGCGACGGGCGGGGUGGGCGUGGGGCGGGCGGCCGGCGGCCGCCGACGGGAGGGGGGGACACGCGGGCGACGGGCGGGGACUGCGGGCGAGGCUGCGAGGGUUUGAGGCGACGGCGGCGUGGGAGCAGCACAGAUCGGGCUUGGGCGUCGUCGGGGAAGGGGAGAGGGGGUAA